AUGAGGCUCCUCGAGACGUCCCAAGGCGAGAUUCCGCUAAUGCAGGGAUUCGUUGGCUCGACAAUCCCUCGCUACGCCAUCCUCUCCCACACCUGGAAAGACGACGAGGUCACGCUCCAGCAAUUGCUCGCCGGUUCCGCCGAACCAAGCCUACUGCGAACCAAAGCCGGGUUCCACAAGAUACAGAAGACAUGCGAACUGGCCCGCGAAGAGCGCAAACUUGAGUACGUCUGGGUCGACACGUGCUGUAUCGACAAGACGAGCAGCGCUGAGUUGGCCGAGGCCAUCAAUUCCAUGUUUUCGUGGUACCGGAAUGCCGAGGUUUGCUACGUCUUCUUGGACAAUCUGGAGCCUGGCGAUGACUUGAAGACGAAGUUGCCCAAUUGCCGGUGGUUUACCCGAGCCUGGACGUUGCAAGAGCUGAUUGCCCCGCGGGAGGUGGUUCGCGCGGUGGAUGUCGAUAUGGCGUACUGCCUGCUUGGUAUCUUCGACGUCCACUUGUCCCUUAUUUACGGCGAAGGCAUGAAGGCCUUUGCCCGACUGCAGCUGGCUAUCGUGCAAACCACGCCCGACCUAAGCAUCUUUGCUUGGACCGACGACCAGGUGCCAUGCCCGCCGUUUGCAGGUGUACUGGCCAAGUCGCCGCGCAACUUUGCUAGCUGCGGCAAUAUUGAACUCGCCCGGGGUGACUCGCCGUAUGCCAGCUUCGCCGUCACUACAAGGGGUAUUCAGAGCGAUGCCAGCAUGCUUCGGAUUCUGGACCACCUCAGUGGGCAGCCGGGGGUGGUCUUGACUACGCUCUGCCACGAUGAGGAUGAGAUGAUUGGGAUCUAUGUACGAAAAAUUGGCGGCGGCCUGUAUGCAAGAUACAAGCCGAAUUAUCGGCGAUCGCUAGUCGAGAAGCUGACCCUAGCAACGACCCUUCCGGUGCGAUUCCCGUUUCACGCAGGCUUCGAUCCAGUGGUGGGAAAUAGGUUCUCGGCGCUUCGUGUCAACUGGGGGCAGCUAGUCGUCCAAGAAGCGAUGCCAAGAAGCCAUUGGGACUUUGAACCAGAGGUGUUCUUUGGCUGUCACGCUAUAUCAAAAGGCUGGUGUGCGUACAUUGCCCAGGGCUGCAUGCCAGUAAGCAAUGCACCGGGGGUCCGCGUCAAUCUGAGGUUGUUUCUCGCUUGCUUUGAGUGGAACAUGGGGCUCCCGGUGGUUGUGCUGGCGAGUUUGGACUACUUGGACUUGGUGAGGAGCAUGCUUCUCCAGUCGCACCUGGACCACCUCUGGGCGUGUGAAGUAUUCCCGGAAAACUGA